UUGAAAAGGAUUUUUAGAAACAAAAUCCCUACAUAGAAGGGCUUGGGUUCUUCCUUGAGGUCCUUCUAUGUUACAGAGGCCACCCCAAUAUGGCCAAUGCAAGAAUAUCUGACAUCAUGGGCCUCAAUGGUGGUGUUAUUCCUCUAGGCUUUGCUGCCUUGGUUAUGUUUUCUUGCGUGGCCAAUGCUUUGUCCGGCGAAUAUCUUUUGGGGGAGGGUGUCCGUCGAAGCCUUGCCGAGAAUGACACUGCUCAGAGUAAAGAUUGCAGUAGACAGUGUGAGUCAGAGUUCUGUACAGUGCCUCCAUUUUUAAGAUAUGGAAAGUAUUGUGGACUCUUGUACAGCGGAUGUCCAGGGGAGGAACCCUGUGAUGGCCUUGAUGAAUGCUGCAUGAAGCAUGAUGCCUGCGUUCAAUCUAAGAACAAUGAUUAUCUAAGCUCAGAGUGCAGCCAACAGUUCCUAAAUUGCAUGGCCGAAUUCAGAAACUCAAAAGGGAAAACGUUUAAUGGGAACACAUGUCACGUUCAAGAUGUUGUUGAAGUUAUAACUCUUGUCAUGGAAGCUGCAUUAGUUGCUGGAAGAUAUCUUCAUAAGCCUUGACACAGAGAGAGAAAGAGAGAGAGCUUGCAGCUCCUCUUUUCUUAUUGUUUCUGAACUUUUUUUUUUUUUUUCUUUCUUUUUUCAUGUUCUUUCUUCUUGCAUAGGUGGACAGCACAUGCACUUAUGCCUUUACUUAAAAUUUCCACAAAAAUUUCAUUGCACAAUUCUCUCACCGAAACCAGCAAAUUUUUCAUUCCUUGUGUCUUUGCUUCAGGGGAGGGGGGAAAAUGAUUGAAAUGGGAAGAAGUGGAGAUUGUAAAUUUCAUUUGAUACUUCAAUUUUGCAGAUUUUCAAGUUGA